AUGUCUUUUGGUGGCGGCUUGCGAAGGUUAACUUCGUGGUCCGUUUUUUUAUCGAGAUGCAGGCUUUAUUCGGAUGUUCGGACUGCUGCUCUUAUUCCUGGCGAUGGGAUUGGUCCUGAAAUAUCAAACGCUGUCCAGAAAGUUUUCAUUGCUGCCGAUGCAAGUGUUCCGAUCAAAUUUAUUCCUAUUGAUGUAACUCCCGUGAAAGGACCUGAUGGAACCUUUGAACUGCCUCCUAGAUCUCUGGAUGUCAUACGUAAAUAUGGUAUUGGUCUGAAAGGGCCUCUUGCAACCCCAAUCGGGAAGGGGCAUAGAUCUCUAAACCUUGCUCUAAGAAAGGAAUUCAAUCUCUACGCAAACGUUCGUCCUUGUAAAUCCGUGGAGGGCUACGAGACUCCCUAUAAGGAUGUCGACAUAGUUACAAUUCGUGAGAACACGGAGGGUGAAUAUUCAGGCAUUGAACACGUGAUUGUUGAUGGAGUUGUACAGAGCAUCAAGCUGAUCACCUACGAGGCCAGCUUGCGUGUGGCUGAGUUUGCUUUCAAGUUCGCCGAGGAGAAUGGACGCUCUACCGUGACUGCUGUCCACAAGGCCAACAUCAUGCGCAUGUCAGACGGCAUGUUCCUGCGGGCGUGCAGGGAGCAAGCAGAGUGUCACCCGAACAUCCGCUUCCGUGAGAUGUUUCUCGACUCUGUCUGCCUGGGCAUGGUGCAGGAUCCCCUCCAGUUUGACGUCCUCGUUAUGCCCAACCUCUACGGUGACAUCGUCAGCGAUCUCGCUGCUGGUCUCGUCGGAGGGCUAGGUGUCACACCUAGUGGCAACAUAGGUCAGCAGGGCGCUCUCUUUGAGUCGGUGCAUGGCACGGCUCCAGACAUAGCGGGUCAGGAUCGAGCAAAUCCCACCGCACUCCUCUUCUCUGCUAUCAUGAUGCUGCGCCAUCUGGAACUCAGUCAACAUGCUAAACUCAUUGAAGAUUCCGUGUUCUCAGUUCUUCGUGCGAAAAAGUAUAUCACAAUGGAUCUGGGCGGAACUGCCAAGUGCUCGGAGUAUACGACUGCUAUUUGCGAUGAAAUUGCUCGUAGAUCCCAUUAA